CAAACGCCAUCGGAGCCUGAGAAGCGGCAGAGGCGUGAGAGCGACGACACGACGGAGGAUUUCUCACUCAUUCGUCUUCAAACAUGCCGUACGCCAACCAGCCGACGGUGAAAAUCACAGAACUGACAGACGAAAAUGUGAAGUUUGUCAUUGAAAACACUGAUUUGGCGGUCGCAAACUCCAUCCGCCGGGUCUUCAUGUCGGAGGUUGCCACCAUAGCUAUUGACUGGAUUCAGAUUGAUGCCAAUUCGUCUGUGCUUCACGAUGAGUUCAUCGCCCACAGAAUUGGUCUCAUCCCGCUAACCAGCGAUGACAUUGUGGACAAAAUGCAGUAUUCAAGGGAUUGCACCUGUGAUGAUUUCUGUCCGGAGUGUUCUGUCGAGCUGACUCUGGACGUCCGGUGCACAGAGGACCAGACACGUCACGUCACCUCACGGGACCUCUUGUCCAACAACCCCAGAGUCAUCCCAGUGACCUCCAGGAGUCGAGACAACGAUCCCAAUGAUUAUGUUGAACAGGAUGACAUUUUGGUGGUGAAGCUGCGUAAGGGUCAGGAGCUGCGGCUGAGGGCCUACGCCAAGAAGGGCUUUGGCAAGGAGCACGCAAAGUGGAACCCGACGGCGGGGGUGUCCUUCGAGUACGACCCCGACAAUGCGCUGAGGCAUACGGUGUACCCGCGACCCGAGGAGUGGCCAAAGAGCGAAUACUCUGAGAUUGAGGAGGACGAGGUCCAGGCUCCUUACGACCCCAAUGGAAAACCAGAACGGUUCUUUUACAACGUGGAGUCCUGUGGCUCCCUGCGACCGGAGACCAUCGUCAUGUCGGCGCUGGCCGUCCUGAAGAAGAAGCUGAGCGACCUGCAGACCCAGCUGAGCCACGAGAUCCAGAGCGACGUCCUCACCAUCAACUGAUCUGAGAACACCCGUCAAGACACAUUUUGCUAAACAGAGACACUGUGAUGUGAAUCAGAUCCUCCAGCAGUACCAGUCCUGGCUCUACGAGUGCUGACUCAGCAUCACUGACCUGGAAAAUUAGUCAGUUGGUCUGAUAAUUGUAAAAAUGUUAAUGGAGUAACUACAUGUGAAAGAUUAUUUGUCAUUAUGGCCACAUGGUGGCCUCUGUUGUUUUGCCCUUCAUCUCGGUUUUGGUGUAGGGCUGUUAUCUCAAACCGUUUCAUUUUGCUCUCAGUUGAACACUUACUGUUGGAUUAUUAUGUAGGAAAUUUUUUGCUUUGCUUUUAUGAUAAAGUUUUCCAAAAAGUCA